AUGAAGGUGCAGUGCGACGUGUGCGCGGCCGAGGCGGCCUCCGUCUUCUGCUGCGCCGACGAGGCCGCGCUGUGCGACGCGUGCGACCGCCGCGUCCACCGCGCCAACAAGCUUGCGGGGAAGCACCGCCGCUUCUCCCUCCUCCACCCCUGCUCCUCUUCCUCAGCCGGCGCACAGAAGCCGCCGCUCUGCGACAUCUGCCAGGAGCGGAGGGGCUUCCUGUUCUGCAAGGAGGACAGGGCGAUCCUGUGCCGGGAGUGCGACGCGCCGGUGCACAGCGCGAGCGACAUGACGAGGCGGCACAGCCGGUUCCUGCUCACCGGCGUGCGCCUCUCGUCGGCGCCGGUGGAAUCUGCCGGCCCAUCAGAGGAGGAGGAGGAGCAGGAGAACAGCACCAGCCCCUGCAACGACGACUCCUGCAGCGCCGGCGCCGCGACCACGGCGAGCGCCAUCGAUGGGAGCAGCAUCUCCGAGUACCUCACCAAGACCCUGCCCGGGUGGCACGUCGAGGACUUCCUCAUCAUUGACGACGCGUCCGCCGGCGACGUCGUCGGCGCCUGCUCGGACGGCCUCUAUCAGGGACAACAUGGACAGAUCAGUGGGGUGCCGCAAGAAGCUUACAUGCCGUGGACGGGGCGGGAGCAGGUGCUCGCUGACGUCGCAGACGAGCAGGCCAGCUGGGAGCGGUGGGUGCCGCAGAUGCACGCGGAGUUCGCCGGCGACAGCAAGCGACCCAGAGCGUCGCCUUCGCCUCCCUGUUCGUACUGGUGA